AUGGAGCUGAUUCGUCUGCAGACGAACCUCCGCUUGAAGAGCCCGGGGCCCGCCUUGGACGUGAACGACCCGGAGUCGACCUUUGCGCUUUACGAAUUCCCCACCAAUUUCAGCAGCAUCGGCCUCAUGCUCUCCACGGUGUUGUCGAGGGUGGCCAUUCCCCGACCGGUCCUGAAGGGCCUCUAUACGCUCGCGGAGACCCUAAAAGGGCAGGCCGUCCGCGAGAUUCGCACCGGCGAGGUGCCAAAGGCCUUUGCCAACGCCACAACGCACCCGAUUCCGUCGUUAUGCGAGCCUGCCAAGCGUCGCGCCAUGAGUAUUCAGCGGGAGUCCACGGUGAACCGAAACAGCCUCUCAUUACAUCUCUUCAUUACCCCUAUCUUGGAGUGUGUGGAGGAGUUCAUGACACUCCCCAGGGAGGAGGCGAGCAACGUGCCGGUUUCCGAGUCGUCACCGAGCAUCUCCUCGGGAGGGGUGAAUUCCUCCACGAAGCCGCGGCGUGCCGUCUACGCCUUUCCACAUUCCGUGGUCGCCGUCCACUCGAGGGCGACGAUCAAUCAGAGAAACCACGAGGAGGUGGAACACUCUCCUUCACCAUCUGCGGUGCGCCCUGGACGACGAUGA